AUGGAAGAGAAAGAAUUAUUGAGCAGUAAUUAUUUAGCCAAGAAUGUUAUAAUUAACAAUACUUGUUACAUUACAAGAAGUCAUCCUAGAGAGGAUCCACAAGGAUGCUAUGUCUUAAACAAGAAUUCUACCGAAUCUUUCAAUGGUCUUGCCAAUUUAAAUUUGUCUGAUCCAUAUCGAGAUAAGGAUGAAGACCUGAUGGAUCCAGGAUUUUGCGUCAAUCUUUGUACCAACUUUCUUUUUAAAUAUGCUGCUCUCGGAAAUGGAACAGACUGUCGUUGUGGAACAGAUGAUAGUCUCACAGCCUAUACUAAACUCAAUGACACUGAUUCAUUAAACUAUUGCAAUAUCACUUGUGUUGGCAAUACGACUGAUAUAUGUGGAGGGAAAGAAGCUUAUACUGUUUAUGACAUCACAAAUGAAUUACCAAGUUAUAAGGUGCCUACAAUAGCUAAUGAUGAGAAACUUGCCUUAAUUCAUAAUCUUAGUAAUAACUCGAGGUAUAUUGGAUGUAUCCAAGAUAGUCCUCUUUGUGAUCAAAGAAUAUUAAACGGAACAUUUCAAAAACUUCCUGAUAUGACAGUUGAUAAGUGCAUAGACUCUUGCGGGAAAGAUGGCUUCAAAUAUGCGGGAUUAGAAAUAGGAGAUGAAUGUUAUUGCGCUAUGACUUACAAACCUGGAAUUGAGUUAAAACCAGAGGAAUGUAGCUCUAGCUGUCCAGGCAAUAAUUUCCAAUUAUGUGGAGGUCCUUUAUCUCUUAGUAUUUAUGAAGUUCCUCAAAUGACUCCAACACCCUCUCAUGCUUUAAUGCUAGGUUUGAGUCUUGGGCUGGGAAUACCAGUAUUACUCUUACUGGUUGUCCUAGUGUGGCGAUUUUGCCAUCGGAAACGAGUGAACGCAAAUAAAAACGAGGAUUUCAUAAUUCGUGAUGAUACCAUGUAUGUUGUGGAUUGA